GCCGGGCCAGGAGGGCGGCGGGGCCCAGCGCUCUGUCGGGGUGCGCAGGCGGUGCCCGGGCGCGCUGUGCCUGUCCCUCUCCCUCCCCUCCUCAGGGUGCGGCCCGGACGGGCCGGCGGUUGAGGCGGCCCCGGGAUGGCGGCGUGAGGCGGCGGCACCGAUCUAAAAGCCUGCCUGCCAGAGGAGUUGCUGGAGACUGUUGUGGAUCACACCUGCCUCCUGUUGCCACAGGGCCCCACCAGCCAACCACAAUGUACUGCCUGCAGUGGUUGCUACCUGUCCUGCUCAUCCCCAAGCCCCUGAACCCAGCAUUAUGGUUCAGUCACUCGAUGUUCAUGGGCUUCUACCUGCUCAGUUUUCUCCUGGAACGGAAACCUUGCACGAUCUGUGCCUUGGUCUUCCUGGCAGCUUUGUUCCUCAUCUGCUACAGCUGCUGGGGGAACUGCUUUCUGUAUCACUGCACAGGAUCCCAGUUGCCGGAAUCAGCUCACGAUCCCAGCAUAGUGGGCACCUAGAAAACAAUCAUCUUCCAGUCUGCUGAGGGCUUUUGUUUUGCUUUUAAAAAGGGGGUGGGCUAGGGAGGAGGGAAGGGGGUGUUAGGCAUGUGACUGGAGUAAAACCAGCCUGUUUCCUGUAACUGUGUGUGGACUGGAGUGGUGAAGUCCUUCCACUCUGCCUGUGAAAUUCCACUUGUUUACUGUGUGAACUCUGGCAGCACCACCUGCUUUUUUAGAAGCAGAAAUCUCUUUUUUUUUUCCUUCCCGUAUCACCGGGAAUGGACACCAGCCCUCCAAACUGGUGGAGGACUGAGCUGCUGGCCUCUGCCCAGCUCUUGCCUGGCAGUGGAGUUGUGUGUCACUCACUUGUCUGCAUUAGGCUAUGGGGGUCUAAACUCAGGACUCUGGACCCACUGAUCCUGCUCAAGUAGCUACAGGAUUCUCUCCAUCUUUCUCUUCGUGGGGAGUCAGCCUUCCCUCCUUGUGAUCAAGGGCAAGCUCGACAGCUCACAGAUGCACUUGGCCAAAAGCUGCUGGAGCCAGAGGCAGUUGAGUCACUCCUCCUGCUCAGCCUGCCAAAGAGAUGCAUGCACUGCUGAAGUGCUUUCUCAACUACUUAUGCUCUGAGAUCAUAGCUUGAAAGCCUCAGUUAUGCUGCUGCUUUUAUAAAGCCUCACAGGUAGUGGAGACUGUCUCUUCCCCUCCUAGAUUUCCAGGGUUUACUGAAGUAUUGACUGUUGGGAUGCUGGAAGAUUUGGGGUUUUGUAAGUCACUGUGACCCUCAUCCUAUAAAACUCAUGCCAGCCCCAAAAGCCAGGUGCAGGCAGGGUGGGAGAGGAUGCUGAGGUUGGAGGCAUGGCUUGAGGCGGUAAAUGCUUCAGCAUUUUCAGUGAUAGUGUUUUCAACGAUAGUGUUUUCUGGCCAGGGGUGACAGAAGGUGCUGGUGCUACUGACUGGAGAAGGGAUGAGGCUGAAGGAAUUCCUGGUGUCACCACCUCACCUGGCAGAAGGAUGUCAGAAAGCCUGGGUGGUGGUGGGUCAGUUCUACAGCCACAGCUCUGCAAGGCUCUGUGCUGCAUACAGUACUCUGUGCAGAGCUUUGUGAAAAACUCUUAGAGGUUCACACAAAAUACUGUCUCUAGUCUUUUAAGGGUUCCCUCCCCUUUGCCAUCUCUUUGUCUUUACUCUAGUUUCAUGGAGAGCAGCAGAAGCAGCUGUUGCUGUCCUAAGGAAGUUGAAGCUAUGAGGUUGUGAAACUUCCAGAGUAUUGUUUGUUCAUUGCACAGCUGUUCAAAAUGUUUAAUAAAGCUUUAUAAACUUUG